UUUGAAGCGACCGCUCAAUCUCAUAUUAGAAAUCAAAAAGAUAUUUUUUUAGAAAAUAAAUAAUUUAAAAAAGAAAUCAGAUGGAUCCAGACGCAGUGGCGAAGGCGUUCGUCGAGCACUACUACACGACGUUCGAUUCGAACCGGGGCGGUCUAGCCAACCUCUACCAGGAUGGUUCAAUGUUGACCUUCGAGGGUCAAAAGAUCCAAGGCGCUCAGAGCAUCGUCGCUAAGCUCACCAGCCUUCCUUUCCAGCAGUGUCAGCACAGCAUCACCACCGUCGAUUGCCAGCCCUCCGGUGCCGGUGGUAUGCUUGUUUUCGUCAGCGGUACCCUCCAGCUCGCCGGCGAGCAGCAUGCUCUCAAGUUCAGCCAGAUGUUUCAUCUGAUGCCAACACAGCAGGGAAGCUUCUAUGUGUUGAAUGACAUAUUCAGGUUGAACUAUACGUGAAGACGUGAUGUGAUCGGUACAAGUAACCGAGGGGGUGGGAAUAUAAUGUCAAAGAUCUAAACAAUGUUUGCUUAAUCUCCCCGUUCAGUUUUAAUCAUUUCAAAUUGGGGGGAAAGAAAUAAAUUUUUUUGUUUGUUUAUGGUAAAUGCUUUCAUCGUGAUUUCCAUGUCAUCAUAUUUCAGGGCUUCCUUUGCUGUAUGAUCGGUGGAGUUAGUGAAAGACACUAUUUAUGAAUUGGAUGUUUGAUGGAAAUACAUGUUUG